GCGCUGCUAAAAUGGAGCACCAUAAAAGUCCCGGCCGAUUUAUUCUGCACAUAGAAGUCCUUCCUGGGUUGUGAUGGAGGGAACGAUAAAGUGAGAGAAAUGGCACCAUUGAAGUCUCUGGAGCCAGAAUUCUCAGCAAUAGACUCCCAUUUUCAAAUGUUUUGUGUUUCUCUAGGCAUUUUCACAGUAGAAGAUUUCCUACUCUACGACCUCCAUAAGUUAACUGGAUUUGCAGAACAGAAGCCUAAUUCCGAAAGAUUAAAGCAGGGAAUUACCCAGCUUCUUUCUGUCGUUGAUGGUCUGCAUAAACCAUGGAUGAAUGGUAUGGAUCUAUUGGAAGAUGCUAAACAAAACAAACAUAUAUUGUCAACUGGGUGUGAAGGGAUUGAUAUGUUGCUUGGAGGUGGCUUACGCGAGGGUCAGUUAACAGAAAUUGUUGGCCCAUCUUCUUCUGGCAAAACACAAGUCUGUCUGCAAGCUGCAUCAAGUGUUGCAAAGAAGCAUAUGGGAAGUGUUGUUUACAUAGAUACAUGCAACUCUUUCUCACCCCAACGUGUUGCUAGCUUUGUUGGUUUGGUCUCAAACCUUCCAUUUGAUCAGGGUGCUAAACACAAAAUUCUUCAGAAUGUUAUGAGCAACAUCUUAUGCCACUCUGUGUUUGACAUCUUCGCAAUGUUCGGUGUGUUACAUCAGCUAGAGUUCAAACUGAGAUCUCAGAAAGGAGAUAACCAGGUGCAGUUACUAAUUGUUGAUUCAAUCUCGUCACUUAUUACCCCAAUACUUGGAGGCAGUGGUUUACAUGGACAUGCUUUGAUGCUAUCUGUUGGAUAUCUGCUGAAGAAGUUAGCACAUGAGCAUAAUAUUGCAAUCCUAGUAACCAAUCACACGGUGGGAGGGGAGGGAGGUAUUCCUAAGCCAGCUCUUGGAGAGACUUGGAAGAGUAUCCCACAUGUAAGGCUUCUGCUUUCUCGUGAUCGUGGAAACAAUAUCUGUAGUGUUUCCAUAAUAAAACACUCAUCUAUGGCUUCUGGCAAGGCUGCAAGUUUUAUGAUUUAUGGGUAAUAACAUGCUUAUUUGAUUUGAAUUGGCCGAUUGGCUUUAAGAAAAGGUGGAUUUGCUAUAAGAAAAGGUAGAUAUGGAGGGAUGUAGUAUGUCAUAAAUGUAAGGCAAGAAAGCAAUUAUCAAGGUAAUUUGCUUCUUUAGAAAUAGGUCAUGGUGAGCAUGGGGGUGGGGGUGGUGCUAGUUAUCUGUAUAUUCUUUCGUAGUUGGGCAAUAUUAUUGCUAAAAGUUUCGAUUUUUUGCCUAGUUUUCUUAGCGAGCACUUCCGAAUGAAAAUGACUCAGACGUUGAUAAUUUUCACAUUGAAUACAGAUUUCAAAACUGUUCACGGCCCAUGAAAAACGUACAGUUUCCUAGUUGAAAUUUGUUGUAAAAUCUUCACUCCAAUUCUAUAUUAUCUAACGCUAAGUUGCCACAGA